UUUGCACUAUAUUCACUCUCUUGAUCACUCUUCAUCAAUGUAAUUGUAGAACCAACUUUGCUUUUCUCUGAGUCUGUAACACACCGCUUGGUAUCCAACAUGAGUGGCCAUCUCUUUCCCCUCAACACUUCGUUACGGCCAUUCCUGGUCAAGCCCUUGAGAGCAUGUGUCUACCAGUCCAUCAAGUGUUAUACCCAAGCAAGCAAGAACAACGAUCCCCGUGAUUUUAUAAAAGAGAGGGCACCUUCAACUGCUGAAGAAUUCAAAAAAAUAGCAGAGGAGAAGCUGAGGGAGGCCCAGCAAGGUGUGGCUAGUCAAGUUGCUGAAAAAGUAUAUGAUGGUACGGAAGAGGCUACUUUGGGUGACAAAAAUCAAGAAUCUGUCAAGAACAGGUACAAGGAACAUGAACGUGGAGCUGAUUACCGCAAGAGAGGGGAUGGGCCUGAUGGAGGAGUUAGAGCAUUUUCCAGCAAGGCCUAGCUAAUGGCUACAUGUAAUCUGAUCAGAAAAUUAUUAGAUACUUGCGAAGUCAUGUGGUAUUUCGUCAACCUAUCACAUUUAUGAUGACAUGAGAUCCACCAUGAAUGUGAGAAGAGAGAGCAUCGCGUCACUGUACUUGAAGAGUACUUAAUAGAUACUCGUCAAUCAGUGUUGCUUGAAGUUAUCUACAUUAUUUAGUUAAUGACUAAAUUUCCUGUAUAAAAAUGGAAUGAUGAUGUAGAGUUUGGGAAUAAGGCAAUAAAUGCUUGUUUGGUUAAGAAAAAAAAAAGUGGUGUUUUCAGUAUUCAUUUU